AUGCCGAUAUCUCACCUCAGUCACCGGGGGACAAGUUCACCCCAGUCUAUCAGGACAGCACCCACAUGGGGACAUGCGUCGAUCCAUCCACCGGAUCCGCAUUGCGUGGGGCCGAACUGGACGUUGGCCUCAUAUUGCAUAUCGAGGGUUUUGGCGAGCUGCAUCGCCCUUCUCCGCUUCGUAGAGGUGCCUGUUGACUUGCUGGGAUUGAGAGUGGCAAAAAGCCCAGUCCUUCGAAGCGACCAGCUCGACACCCUUACAGUCGGCCCUUGCGGAAAGGUCCUUUCUCUACCAUCCUUGUUUGCUGAGAGCAUCGGGGGUGUGGCUGCGGCCUUGACACUCGGUCUCCGAGGGCAUCAGGUCAUUCUUCUAGAAGCUGCUCCUCAGCUUGCAGAAGUUGGAGCCGGCAUUCAGAUUUCCCCGAAUAUGCUGAAAAUCCUAGAGCGAUGGGGUGUAUCGCCGACAAUCCAUUCCAAGGACGUUGCUCUCGAGCACAUUCACGUCCGACGAUGGCAGGAUGGAGCCCUCCUCGGAACCAUGCCGGUGAACAAGACUUACGGUCAGCAAGUCGUCAUUCACCGAGCAGACCUCCACAGUGCUCUCGUUGAGCACGCCCUAGCGCUUCCUAACGUGGAAUUGCGACUCAACUCGACCGUGAAGAGUGCAUCUCACAGCCCAGCUUCUGUCACGCUUGCAAAUGGCACCGUUAUCGACGCAGAUAUCGUCGUUGCUGCCGACGGUAUCAAAUCGACCAUCCGGGAUCAUAUCCUUGGUGGCUCGCCCUCCAAGCCCAUCCCUACCGGCGAUGCAGCCUACCGCAUCAUGCUACCCCGGAGUACCAUGGAGAACGACCCUGACCUCAAGGAACUUAUUAAUCAGCCUCAAGCGACUCGUUGGCUCGGUCCAUCACGGCACGUCAUUGCUUACCCUGUACGCAAGCACGAGCUCUUCAACGUCGUCUUACUGCAUCCUGAUCGACAUGGCGUCGAAGAGUCAUGGACCACGCGGGGCUCGAAGGAAGAAAUGAAGAAUGAUUAUCUUGGUUGGGAUCGUCGGGUCACUAAACUGAUCGACUUAGUCCCGGAUGAUGAAGUACUUGAAUGGAAGCUCUGUCUACACAAACCAUUAAACACCUGGAUCCGGGGCUCCGUAGCCCUCAUCGGCGAUGCCUGCCAUCCCAUGCUUCCUUACGUCGCUCAAGGAGCCGCCCAAGCAGUUGAAGACGCCGCCGCUCUCGGUGUCCUCCUUUCCGACAUCACCUCCCGACGAGAGAUCCCACAAGUCCUCGAAGCGUACCAGCUAUCCCGCAAACACCGCGCAGAGACGGUACAACAAUCCGGCACCGAGAACCGAAUCACGCUCCACCUCCCCGACGGUCCGGAACAAGAAGCCCGCGACGAGCAGUUCCUGGCCUCGAUGAAGGGAGGCUCUAAUCCAGAUCGAUGGUCGGAUCGCGAAACGCAGCGGUUCCUUUGGGGCUGGGAUGCCGAGAAAGCGGCUCUAGAGGCCUGGGAGGAUUUGAGAAAUGGACGUAUGACUGAAGCUCGGCAUCAUUUGUAG